AUGGAGUCCGCUAUUGCUGGUGCUGGACUCGGCCGCUAUCGGCGCAUCGUGCAGAUGUUUUGGGACCCUGAGCCCGUCAACGAUGCCGCCACAGACCAGCCGGUAUGGUGUCUAGGUCGGUCCUAUAGGUUAUCCGACAAGCCCGCCGCUGGAAGCGCCAGAAGCCGCGAUGCCAACGACAAGGAUCAAUUCGAGAGUGGCCCUACCCGUUCGAGCCCGAAGGCGGUUCCUCGCCUGCCAUCUCCGCAGGCGCCGAACGCUGCUGUCUCUGAUCCGCCACUUAAUACCCCAGAAACUCCCCCGGAGUCAUCAUCGGCCAGCCUUUCGUCCUCACUCGCCUACGACGAGUCGACCCGUGAUGCCAGCGGUGGUUGGCCCCAAGGCUUUGUCGAAGACUUUGGCUCCAGGUUUUGGAUGACGUACAGGUCUGACUUCGCGCCGAUAAAGAGAUCCGCAGAUCCGAAAGCGACAUCUGCGCUGUCCUUGUCUGUGCGCAUUAUGAGCCAACUGAGCGAGCAGGACGGCUUCUCAUCAGAUAGUGGAUGGGGAUGCAUGAUCAGGUCUGGCCAGGGCCUCUUAGCCAACACUAUGUCCAUGGUUAGGCUCGGAAGAGAUUGGCGUCGGGGCAAAUGCCCGCAGGAAGAGCGCCGGCUAAUCAGUCUCUUUGCUGACGACCCACGCGCACCGUAUUCCAUACACAGUUUUGUUGACCAUGGCGCUAUUGCCUGUGGCAAGUAUCCAGGAGAGUGGUUUGGCCCUUCUGCGACAGCACGAUGCAUACAGGCUCUCGUCAACACACACGACACGUCUCUUCGGGUGUACUCAACUGGCGACGGCCCCGAUGUCUACGAGGACAGCUUCAUGAAGAUUGCAAAGCCGGACGGUGGCGAAUUUCAUCCGACGCUCAUUCUCGUCGGGACCCGCCUGGGGAUCGACAAGAUCACCCCGGUAUACUGGGAGGCACUCAUCGCAUCCCUUCAGAUGCCCCAGUCCGCCGGCAUCGCUGGCGGCCGGCCAUCCUCCUCUCACUAUUUUGUUGGUGUCCAGGGCAAGUUUUUGUUCUACCUGGACCCUCAUCAUACACGCCCAGCCCUACCAUACUACGCCGAUACCAACCAGUAUGCCGAUGACGACGUUGAGUCGUGCCACACCACCCGAUUGCGGAGAAUCCACAUACGGGAAGUCGACCCAAGCAUGCUGAUUGGCUUUCUGAUCCGGAGCGAAGAGGACUGGUCGGAUUGGAGACGUUGCGUGAAGCACGUCCAGGGCAAAGCCAUCAUUCACGUUGCGGACUGCGACCCGGCUGCCCAGGCCCCGCCCGGCCAGAGGAGAGCUGCGAUUGAUGAAGUGGAGCCACUGAGUGAUGAGGAUGAUGGAACGAUUCACGCAGCAUAG